GGCUACUCUUGUGUGCAUCUGCCUCCAACGACGACGCGGAUUACCCGGGCGGUCCAUUUUUGGGGGAAAAUGACAAAAAUAACGGUUGUCAAAACCAAGGCUUAUACCGACCAGAAGCCCGGAACGAGCGGUCUGAGGAAGAGAGUUACCGUCUUUCAACAGAAUCAACACUAUGCCGAGAACUUCAUUCAAAGUAUCAUAUCUGUCAUCGAGCCGUCAGAACGACAGGCUGCCACGGUCGUGGUGGGAGGGGAUGGACGUUUUUUUAUGAAAGACGCUAUUCAGUUAAUCGUUCAAAUUGCCGCGGCUAACGGGAUCGGCCGGCUGGUGAUUGGUCAGAACGGCAUCAUGUCCACCCCGGCCGUGUCCUGCGUGGUCCGUCAGAUCAAAGCGGUAGGCGGGAUCAUCCUCACAGCCAGCCACAACCCUGGAGGCCCCAACGGAGACUUCGGCAUCAAGUACAACAUCUCCAGUGGAGGGCCUGCGCCUGAAGGCGUCACGGAGAAGAUCUACCAGCUCAGCAAGAGCAUCCAGGAGUACUCCAUCUGCCCGGAGCUCAAGGCAGACCUGGCCACCAUCGGCAAGCAGACCUUUGAGGUGGACACCUUCAAGCCCUUCACAGUGGAGAUUGUGGAUUGUGUGGAGGCCUAUGGGGCCAUGUUGAGGGACAUCUUCGACUUUUCUGCGUUGAAGGAGCUCCUGUCCGGAGCCAAUCACUUCAACGUCCGUCUGGAUGCCAUGCACGGAGUGGUUGGUCCUUACGUGAAGAAGAUUGUCUGUGAGGAGCUGGGCUCUCCGUCCGACUCUGCCGUGAACUGCGUCCCCAAGGAGGACUUCGGGGGCCACCACCCCGACCCCAACCUCACCUACGCAGCCGACCUGGUCAACGCCAUGAAAGGCGGAGAGUACGACUUCGGAGCCGCCUUCGAUGGAGAUGGGGAUCGUAACAUGGUCUUAGGAAAGCACGGUUUCUUCGUCAACCCCUCGGACUCUGUCGCCGUCAUCGCGGCCAACAUCACCAGCAUCCCGUACUUCCAGAAGACCGGCGUCCGAGGCCUGGCCCGCAGCAUGCCCACCAGCGGAGCCCUGGACAAUGUGGCCAAGGCCAUGAAGAUGCAGCUGUAUGAGACUCCGACAGGCUGGAAGUUCUUUGGGAACCUGAUGGAUGCAGGCAAGCUGUCGCUGUGUGGAGAGGAGAGCUUUGGCACAGGUUCGGAUCAUAUCCGUGAGAAGGAUGGACUGUGGGCGGUGCUAGCCUGGCUGUCGAUCUUGGCCACCAGGAAGCAGAGUGUGGAGGAGAUCAUGAAAGACCACUGGCAGAAGUUCGGCAGGAACUUCUUCACCAGGUAUGACUACGAGGAAGUGGACUCGGGUGCUGCCAACAAGAUGAUCAAGGAUUUGGAAGCGGCCAUGUUUGAUCCGUCCUUCGUGGGGAAGAAGUUCUCCUCAGGGGACAAGACCUACGGCGUGGCCGUCGCUGACAACUUUGCGUACACAGACCCCGUGGACGGGAGUGUGUCCAAGAACCAGGGUUUGAGGAUUAUCUUCUCUGACGGCUCCAGGGUCAUCUUCCGUCUCAGCGGGACAGGCAGCGCCGGGGCAACUGUCAGGCUGUACAUAGACAGCUACGAGAAGGACCCCCAGAAGAUCUAUCAGGACCCCCAGGUGAUGUUGGCUCCUCUGGUGGACAUAGCACUGAAGAUCUCCCAGCUGCACGAGAGAACUUCUCGCACCGGCCCCACUGUGAUCACAUGAUUCCCCCGGCUACCCACCCGUCACCAGGAUACCGCUGUCCAAUCAGAAACCUUCCCUCCACCCCCUCACCCCCCCCUCCGAAGAACAAUCAUAUCUCACCCUUGUACCAUAAAGUCCUGCUAAAGCCUUGAAAGCCAAAAUAUUCAUCAUGAAUAAAACACACGUAUUAAAAUGAU